CAGUGCUACUAAAUGGCCCGCUCUGUUCUCCUAAGAAAAGAAAUACGCCACUGGUUACGUUAAAUAAAUGAAAAAUGUUUCUUGAUGUUUUUUAAUAGUGGCAGCUGUUUAGGAGAUAAUUUACUUAUUUGUAAAGUGCGGUGAGUUGACUAUUGCCCACGAAAGCGGAAUAGACAACCGCACGAAUUGCACAUACUAUUUUUUAUUACGAAUGCGGUGAAAAUUUGCGAUCCAGGGGCGAAGCCCCGGUGGGGUCCACAGAUUUUUAUUCAGUUUAGGUAAAUAACCACCAACUGUCAUUUAAAUGUCACUUUUUAAAAUAGUAUAUUGUGCAAUAAGUGCGGUAAGUCCGCUCAAGUGGGCAAUAGACAACCGCACGAAUUACACAUACAAUUUUUUAUUACGAAUGCAAUGAAAACUUAGAGUCCAGGGGCGAAGCCCCGGUGGAGUCCACAUAUUGUUAUUUAAUUUAAGUGACAUCAAUAACUCAUUUAAACGCCACUUUUUAAAAAUAAUAUUUGCGAGUGUGUAUUUAAAUUCUGCGUGUUUCGGGCGACAAGUGUGAUUACCGCACGCAAAUAAAUAAAGUAGGCAAACAGCUAUUUACCGACCGAAACAAGUGAAAAGAUAAGACUUAUCCCCCAUUAGUAAUAAAAAAUAUAUUUUUUAGAUCCAAUGGUUUAGAAGUAAGCCACACAGAAGAAGUAGAAUGUACAGAGAGUGUUGCUACCGACGCUUUUCCUUCCAAUUUAGUUAUGGUCAAAACUGCUUCUGGAAAAAAUGUAUUAUUAAAAGUAGUGCCACAGACUAGUAAUAUUCCUAAAACCUACAUUUUAAAGCCAGCAAAUAUCGUCAGGAGUACUUCUGUGUUAAAUGCGGAUACACUUAAUGACAGCACCACCGGCCAAGAAGUGAUCACAGAGGAAGGCGGCAUUAAAGAAGUUACAGACAGUGUUGAAAGUGGAGCAAAAGUUGAGGGACAGAAUGAAGAACCAUUUUUAUGUGAAAAUUUAUUUGACAGUUGUACCAAUGGAGAAGUGUUUAUAAACGAAAUUAUAUUGGAAGAUAAUAUAAAUGAAGUAGUAAUGGAACAAAAUGUAAAUGAAGUUACAAUCGAUAAUACUACGGAUUCUACAGUUAAGGAAAUUGUAUUAGAUAAUAUGUUACAUGUAUAAUAUGAAUAUCCUUUUUAAGUAAUUUAUAAUUAGUAUUAGAUAGAUCAGCUUAAUUAGAACUAUUUUUAAUGUAUAUUUAUAUAAAUAAAAAUUUUAAUUUUUA